AGCCCUAAUGCUUGAAGGCGUUAAUUGGUGGGUCGGACUCUAGCGGCACCUGCCGGAGCGUAGGCGACCAGGGCCGCAGGCCAGCAGCCAAGGAGCGAGGGGUUGGACAGGGACUCCAGCAGCGCCGGCCGGAGCGCACCAGGCAAGAUCGUGAACACGGCGGCUCUAGGCCAUCGGCGGGGCGGCAAACGGUGACUGGGAUUCGAGUGCCGCCGGCCGAAGCGAGCCUGACCAGAUCGAGCCGACGAGGGAUUGAGGGUUGGGGUCGAGCAGCGGCGCAGUGAUUAGGCGGCGCGAAGGACUUGAGGAGAGGGCUUUUGGUCAGGUAUGGGAAGGACUGGAACCUUCGAUCCACUGCUGGGGACCAUGACUAAGGCGCCUGAUGGGAUAGGAACAGCCUUGUUAUCACGCACCCAGAGUCAUAUGUACAGGGUGUGGCGACAGAUCGAACCUGUAGUCUGCCUUGGAGCAGCUGUUGGUCUCUGUUGGGCAGCUUGGAGCUACUACGCACGCAAGUCAUGUCUGCGCACCUACGGUCGGUACAUGAACGGCAAGACAAGCGGCCCGGUGGUCGGCCGGGAUGACGAGAUCGACAGUCAUUUCCAUUCUCUGCUGCAAGACCAAGAAUUGUGUGGCACUCGUCGGAGCCCCAGGGGUUGGCAAGACGGCCAUCGCCGAGGGCCUGGCGCAGUGGAUUGCUGCUGGGAAGGUCCCUGCCGAGCUUUCCAAGGCACGUGUCGUGGAGGUUGAUCUGGGGGCGAUGGUGGCCGGCACCGUAUUACGUGGCAUGUUUGAGAGCCGUUUGAAGACCGUGAUAAAGGAGGCGGAGAAUUCAGGCGGCAAGAUUAUUCUCUUCAUUGACGAGAUGCACAUGCUGAUUGGCGCUGGUGAUAAAUGGGGAAGCAAUGAUGCUGCCAAUAUUCUGAAACCCGCGUUGGCCCGUGGUCGUAUCCGCUGUGUGGGCGCGACAACUUUUGAUGAUUACCGCAAGUACAUCGAGAAGGAUGCAGCGCUCGAACGGCGGUUCCAGAAGGUGCAUGUUGAAGAACCGAGCACACAGGCGACCAUUGCCAUUCUGCGGGGCAUAAAGCAGCAGUAUGAACUGCACCAUAGCUUGGAAAUCCAAGAUGCCGCUAUUGUUGCUGCUGCAGAGCUCGCUGGCCGCUACAUCACUGGUCGUCAGUUUCCUGAUAAGGCUAUUGAUCUGAUUGAUGCGGCGUGUGCUACUGCAAAGAAAAUGAUGCAGAUUGACAGUCAAGAAAAGGAAGAGGACACCGUGAAGAAAGCAAUUGUUGCACCAAAUCAUGUCGCACAAGCUGUGAGCCGAUGCACCGGAAUUCCUGUCUCUACGCUUGAUCAAGAGGAGAAGGAUAGGUUAAUCCACCUAGCGGAUAGACUUCAUGAGCGAGUUGUUGGCCAGGAUGAAGCGGUAAAUCUGGUUGCAGAAGCAGUCUUACGUUCCAGGGCUGGCCUUGAUCAGCCUGGCCAACCAAUAGGCUCGUUCCUCUUCUUAGGAUUGACUGGUGUUGGAAAGACAGAGCUUGCAAAAGCUCUUGCCGAGCAGCUAUUCGACAGUGAGAAAAUGUUGGUUCGCAUUGACAUGUCUGAAUAUGUUGGGUUUGGAGCUGUGGCGCGCCUAAUUGGAGCUGCACCAAGCUGCAUUGGCUAUGAUGAUGGUGGACAACUGACUGAAAUAGUGAGGAGGCGCCCAUAUAGUGUCAUCCUUUUUGACGAGGUGGAGAAGGCAGAUCCCUUGGUGCUGAACGUUUUUAUUCAACUUCUUGAUGAUGGUGUUCUGACUGAUGGCAAAGGCCGGACCGUUGAUUUCAAGAAUACUAUCAUCAUUAUGACCUCAAAUCUAGGAGCAGAGCACCUAACAGCUGGAAUGGCUGGAGAAAGCACAAUGGAAGCUGCAAAGGACCUUGUGAUGAAAAAGGUUCAGAAACACUUUAAGCCUGAAUUUCUGAACAGACUGAGCGAGGUGGUGAUAUUUGAGCCACUUCUGCAUGACAAACUGAAGGAGAUUGUAAAAAUUCAGAUGAAAAGUGUCACUGCAAGGGUAGCUGCCAAGAGCAUCUCUCUGUCUGCAAGCGAUGCUGCGUUGGACGUCAUAUUGUUGGAAUCAUGCAACCUAAUGUAUGGCGCAAGGCCCAUAAGGAGGUGGGUGCAGAAGAAUGUGAUGACAGUGCUGUCCCGGAUGCUGCUCAAAGGUGAAGCCGUUGAAGGCUCAACUAUCGUCAUUGAUGCUACGGAUGACAAAAGGGGGCUCAGGUACGAAGUGGUAAAUCCACAAGGCAAGAGUCCAGUGGUGGAACUUUCCUGUGACAAGAGCUAUGUUGCGGCGGUGACCAAUCCCAAGCCAUGACAAAGGGAGUAUCUUAAGAACUACAGUUCCGGCCAUAUUGACAUUAUGGUGCAAAAGAAGGGUGAUAUAUCAAAACAAUGGAGAGCAACGGGUUUCGUGGAGCCCCAAGGGUGGAAGAUACAAGCCAAACUUGGAGGUUCAUGAGGACGUUGUUCGCAAUCAAGCAUGAAGCAUGGCUUGGCAUUGGUGAUUUUAAUGAGAUAAUUUUCGGUUCAUAACACUUCUCGCGUAUCCCCAGACCCGAAUGCUAGAUGAAGGCGUCCUGGGAGAUGGUUGAUGAUUGCUCUUGUGGACCUUGGUUGGUUAGGAAUGGAUUAUACUUGGGACAUCAACAAUCAGGUGCUUUGAAUGUUAAAGCUCGGUUGCAUAGAGAGUUUGGUAAUGAUGCACUGUUGCACCUAUUUGAAGUUUGAACAUAUAAAAGUGGGGCAUAUAGUAGUUGCGGUUUC